UAUAUAAAACACUAGGAGCCUGGCAGUCUGUCUGCCUGUGACUAUAGCACUCUGAGCUUGGACACCCCAGCUUUGAGGCUGCUGCUAAAAUGGCGGAGACUAACCUGAGAAUCAGUGGCGGGGCGGUGAGGUUCGGGGCCACCUAUGGGGGCAACAGGCUCUUCUCUGGGGGCAGGAGUGGUGGAGGUGGCGGCGGAGGGGCCGGAAUGGCCCUCUCCAGAUCUUUUGGAAUGUGCGGGGGUGGAAGAGCGGGACUCGGUAUGAGAGGAGGGCUCGGGAUGGGGCUAGGCAUGGGGAUGGGAAAUGGGAGAGGUAUGGGGUUGGGAAUGGGUGGUGGAGGUGGAGGCGGUCUUGGGAUGGGCAUGGGAAUGGGUGGACGUGCCCUGGCUCUAGGAGCCGGGGGUGGAGGUGUCAGUGCAGCAGGGUUCAGGUCCGGCGUGGCCCCACUCAGGGCUCGCUUGGGCGGCCGCGUCUUCAAGAUCGGAGACUAUGGCUUCAACCCGUCUUUCCUAAGCUCCACCGCCGCAGUGGGUGGUGACGUGGGUGGUAUCAGCCCCGUGCCUAGCAUCGACCCCUCGCUGCCCUCCCUUGACACAGUCCAGGUGACCCGCCUAAAGGAGAAGGAGGAGCUGCAGGUCCUCAAUGACAAGUUUGCCACCUUCAUUGACAAGGCUCGCUCUCUGGAGCAGACCAACGCUGUGCUGAGGACCAAGAUCGCCAUGUUCACCAACCCGGAGCAGAGCGGCCCUGCCAGCACCUCCAUCCUGCUCACCUCUGCCAUCGGUACCUACAAGACCCAGAUUGAUGGCCUGUCCGCCACCAAGGAGGCCAUCGUUGCUGAGAUUGAGCACUACAAGAGCAUCAUCCACGAUGUCCAAAGCAGGUUUGAGGAGGAGACAGCCCAAACCAAGUCAUUAGAGAUGGACUGGACCACAUUCAAAGAGGAGGUGGACAAUCUCUACCUGAGCAUUUUCGAGCUUCAAACCAACAUUGGCGGACUGGAAGAUCAGAUCGGUCUCUCAAAGCAGGUGUAUGACACUAAAGUGAAGGAGGUGAGGAACAUCGUGACGGGCAGUGUGAGGUCAGCCUUCUCCAUCUCGGUGGACAACGCGGCCCAAGCCCAGGACUUGACCUCUGCCCUGUCGGACGUCAAGGCCCACUACGAAGCCCUGGCCCAGCGCAGCAAGCAGGACGCCCUGGUGUCUGUGCAGGACAGUCUCUCCAUGAUGUCCAUGACAUCCCAGCCCAGUAUCCAGUCUCUGACCCAAACCAAGGAGGAGCUGCGCAUGUACAAACUCCAGAUCGACUCAUUACAGAGGGAGAUCGACAGGCUCAAGACCCUGAACAUCCAGUUGGAAUCUCAGGUGGAUGAGGCAGAGUCCCACUCCAGCUCCCACACAGAGACCUAUCUGGAGCAAGUGCUGACCCUCAAGUCACAGCUGGAUGACAUCAGAAAGCAAAUAACACACUAUGGUCAAGAGUACCAGGAACUCCUGGCCAGUAAAAUGUCUCUGGAUGUUGAGAUCACUGCAUACAAGAAGCUUCUGGACAGUGAGGAGACCAGACUGAAGUCAGGAGGAGGCGUGACCGUGCACAUGUCUAAGACAGCCAUUGGAGGAGGGGAAGGUGGGGCUGGGCUGGCUCUGGGAGGAGGAGGAGGUGGGGCUGGGCUGGCCCUGGGAGGAGGAGGAGGUGGGGCUGGGCUGGCCCUGGGAGGAGGAGGCGGUGGGGCUGGGCUGGCCCUGGGAGGAGGAGGAGGCAGUGGGAUGGGUCUGGGCGGUGGCUACGGAAUGGGCAUGGGUGGAGGCCUAGGAGGUGGCUUUGGAGGGGGUCUGGGGUUAGGAGGAGGUGGAGGCAGUGGGUCCUUUGGAGGCGGGAGCAGCUACAUGUCCUCCAGCCUGAGCAGCAGUGCAAUCUCUUCAACAGUGUACUGAGGAUAAACAGGACAGACCAGAGAAUCUCCAUCUGCCUACAGUGACCCAGCUCCAUAGGUUUGAGAUGGAACCAGACUGAGAUGAAACUCUGUAUUGGCAGAAUUACUAAGAAAAAAAAUUAACUAGCAACCAAAUGAACACAGUCCCAAAUUCUGUUCUGCGACUUGCCAUACUCAAUAAUACCCUAUGUAACAAAUGUUUUAUAUAAAUAAAAGCUGUAUAAUUUCA